AUGCGGGCGGGAGGUGCGGGAGCGUCAAGUUGUUUGGAUGCUAAAUCCACGAGUAUCCAGGUGGUUGUUAAAGAAGGUGGUCUGAAGCUUAUCCAGGUCCAGGAUAACGGCUGCGGUAUCAGAAAAGAAGAUCUGGACAUUGUAUGUGAGAGGUUUACUACCAGUAAACUGCAAAAAUUUGAAGACUUGGCUAGUAUUUCUACCUAUGGCUUCAGGGGUGAGGCAUUGGCUAGCAUCAGUCAUGUUGCCCAUGUCACAGUAACAACUAAAACAGCUGAUGCAAAGUGUGCAUACAGAGCUACUUACAGUGAUGGAAAAAUUAAAGCUGCUCCAAAACCCUGUGCUGGCAACCAAGGAACUCAGAUCACGGUUGAAGAUCUUUUUUACAAUGUAAAUACAAGGAGGAAAGCUUUAAAAAAUCCCAAUGAAGAAUAUGCAAAAAUACUUGAAGUUGUUAGCAGGUAUGCCAUCCAUAACUCAGGCAUCAGCUUUUCAGUUAAAAAGCAAGGUGAUACUGUGUCAGAUGUUAGGACCUUAUCAAAUGCUUCAACAGUGGAUAACAUUAGGUCAAUCUUUGGAAAUGCUGUUAGCAGGGAACUGAUAGAAGUGGGUUGUGAAGAUGCAGGUCUGGCCUUUAAAAUGAAAGGCUACAUUACAAAUGCAAACUACUCCGUGAAGAAAUGUGCAUUUUUACUCUUCAUAAACCAUCGAUUGGUAGAGUCGACUGCUUUGCGGAAAGCCAUAGAAACUGUGUAUGCUGCUUAUCUGCCAAAAAGCACACAUCCUUUCCUAUACCUAAGCCUGGAAAUAGCCCCCCAAAAUGUAGAUGUGAAUGUGCACCCUACAAAACACGAGGUCCAUUUCCUUCAUGAAGACAGUAUUCUUGAAUGUGUGCAACAGCAUGUAGAGAGCAAGUUAUUGGGCUCCAAUUCUUCAAGGAUGUACUUUACUCAGACAUUGCUUCCGGGGGCCGAUUGUUCUUCCAGCGAGGUUGUAAAAUCAGCAGCAAACUCUUCUGCGGUUACCAAAGGAACCAGCGAUAAAGUUUAUGCACAUCAGAUGGUCCGCACUGAUUCCCGAGAGCAGAAAUUGGAUGCUUUUCUUCAGCCAGUGAACAACCCCCUAAGUACAGGCCCCACUGAAGCCACAACAGAGACUAAUGCAGGACCUCCAGAGAGUGUGGUCAGGCCACAGGAGUCUGAAAUGGAAGAUGUCAGUGAUCUUGUGGAAAUGGCUGAUGUUGAGGAGGACACAGUGGUACCUGUGGAGAUGAGUGAAAGUGGACGCUUGUCUCCUGAGACAGUGCCUCCUCGAAAGAGACCACGGGAAGACAUGGAUGUAGAAAUGGAAAAAGAUGACACGAGAAAGGUCAUGACUGCUGCCUGCACCCCUAAAAGAAGAAUUAUCAACUUGACCAGUGUAUUGACUCUCCAAGAAGAAAUCAGCAACCAGGCACAUGCAAAUCUUCAGGAGAUGCUACAUGAUCACUCAUUUGUUGGCUGCGUCAGUCCUCAGUGGGCUCUGGCCCAGUAUCAGACAAAACUGUAUCUUCUCAAUACAACAAGACUCAGCCAAGAACUCUUCUACCAGAUACUUAUUUACGACUUUGCAAACUUUGGAGUCUUAAGGUUGUCUGAGCCAGCUCCUUUAUAUGAGCUUUCAAUGCUUGCUUUAGAGGAUCCUGAAAGUGGCUGGACAGAAGAAGAUGGCCCAAAAGAAGAGCUUGCUGAAUACAUUGUGGAGUUUCUCACAAAGAAGACUGAAAUGCUGAAAGAUUAUUUUUCUCUUGAAAUUGAUAAGGAAGGAAACCUUACUGGGUUACCACUUCUGAUAGACAACUACGUUCCGCCACUGGAAGGACUGCCUAUGUUUAUCCUUCGCUUGGCCACAGAGGUAAACUGGGAUGAAGAAAAGGAAUGUUUUGAAAGCCUAAGUAAAGAAUUAGCCAUGUUCUACUCCAUUAGAAAGCAAUACAUAGUAGAUGAAGCCAACCUUACUAUUUCUCAGAAUGAAGAUUCUGAUUCUGGUUCACCUACAUGGAAAUGGACUGUGGAACACGUACUUUACAAAGCUUUUAGGACUCAUCUUUUACCUCCUAAGCACUUUACAGAAGAUGGCAACAUUUUGCAGCUUGCGAACCUGCCUGACCUGUAUAAAGUUUUUGAGAGAUGUUGAACAAGUAGUUAUUUAUAUAGACUGGUUUUU